GGGCAGUACUCCUGGGCAGCUGCCCAGAGUGUGGGCAGGACCAUUCACUCCCCUUCCUUACAGAUCAGAAAGUCCACUGACCCAGGAGCCUUUUGUGCAUGAUGUGGCUCUUCCGUGCUCUGUUCUUGGUGCCUCUGGCAACCUGUGUGGUUUGGGGACACCCCUCUGAACCACCUGUAGUGGACACUGUUCAUGGCAAAGUCCUGGGGAAGUACGUCAGCUUAGAAGAAUUCACACAGCCUGUGGCUGUCUUCCUGGGAGUCCCCUUUGCCAAACCCCCUCUUGGAUCCCUGAGGUUUGCUCCACCAGAGCCUGCAGAGCCCUGGAGCUUCGUGAAGAAUGCCACCUCCUACCCUCCUAUGUGCUCACAAGAUACAGUGAGAGGGCAAAGGGUCAAUGACCUCCUAACCAACAGAAAGGAGAAAAUCCAUCUCAAGUUUUCAGAAGACUGUCUCUACUUAAAUAUUUACACUCCUGCCGACUUGACAAAGAGUAGCAGGCUGCCGGUGAUGGUGUGGAUCCAUGGAGGUGGAUUGACAGUGGGCGGGGCAUCAACCUAUGAUGGACUGGCCCUUUCUGCUUAUGAAAACGUGGUGGUGGUGACCAUUCAGUACCGCCUGGGCCUCUGGGGAUUCUUCAGCACAGGGGAUGAACACAGCCGGGGGAACUGGGGUCACUUGGACCAGGUGGCCGCACUGCGCUGGGUCCAGGACAAUAUCGCCAACUUUGGAGGGGAUCCAGGCUCUGUGACCAUCUUUGGAGAGUCAGCAGGAAGUGAAAGUGUCUCCGUUCUUGUAUUUUCCCCACUGUCCAAGAACCUCUUUCACAGGGCCAUUUCUGAGAGUGCAGUGAUCCUCACUCCUGGCUUUUUUACCAUGGAUGACAGGCCAAUCACUAAGCAAGUUGCUGUUACUGCUGGCUGUAAAACCACCACAUCUGCUGUCAUUGUUCACUGCCUGCGCCAGAAGACAGAGGACGAGCUCUUGGAGGUCAUGCAUAAAAUGAAUCUGUUUAAACUCAGUUUACAAGAAGACGCCAAUGAGAGCCUUCCCUUUCUGCCACCUGUGCUUGAUGGGGUGGUGAUGCCAAAGGCACCAGAAGAGAUCCUGGCUGAGAAGAGCUUCAACACUGUGCCCUACAUGGUGGGCAUAAACAAGCAAGAAUUUGGCUGGAUACUGCCGACAAUGAUGGGAUUUCCACUAAAUGAUGAAAUAUUGGACAAGAAGAUGGCUGCCAAAAUCCUGCAGAAAUUGUCUUCCAUUUCUGGCAUACAAGAGGAUUUAAUCCCGGCUGUCAUUGAGAAAUAUAUAGGAGAUAGCAAUGACCCCGUCAAGAUCAGAGAGGGAAUCGUGGAGGUGUUUGGGGAUAUGUUAUUUGGUGUCCCAUCAGUGAUUGUGUCCCGUGGCCACAGAGAUGCUGGAGCUCCAACCUACAUGUAUGAGUUUCAGUACUACCCAAGCUUCUCAUCACACUUAAGACCAAAGAAUGUAGUCGGAGACCAUGGAGAUGAAAUCUAUUCUGUCUUUGGUGCCCCAAUUUUAAGAGAAGGUGCCUCUGAAGAGGAGAUCAAACUCAGCAAGAUGGUGAUGAAAUUCUGGGCCAACUUUGCUCGGAAUGGGAAUCCCAAUGGGAAGGGGCUGCCCCAUUGGCCUGAGUAUGACCAGAAAGAAGGUUAUCUGCAGAUUGGUGCCACCACCCAGCAAGCCCAGAGACUGAAAGGGGAGCAAGUGGCUUUCUGGACUGAGCUCCUGGUCAACAAACAACCCAAGCCAGAGCACAGUGAGCUGUAAAUACAAGGCUUGCCAGGUUCAGACCAGAGGAGCCAAGGUACAGUUCUUCCACUUAAGGCAUUUGUAAAUCAAAGAUGGAUCUUGGAGGAUCCUGAAGAACUUUGUCAUAGAGACAGGCAGAGGCCAGGGAAGGGAAAUCUUUGUACUUGUGGCUACAAUUUGGAGAAUAAAUGUUCUUUAUUAUUAUCAAAUAAGUGUCUAUGUUUUAGGUUGACUAUAAAUGCAUGUAUCCAAGAAAAAGUAAGUGGGUUCAGGAGGAGAAAAGAGGGAAGGAGAGAGAGGGAGAAAGGAGGGAGAGAAAAUUCCUAAAAAGAUCAUCCACAAGAGGCAAACUGGGGCCAGCAAUCUAUCUUAUUUAUGUGUCUUUCAGCAGUUAGAGUUAAAGUCCCUUCCUAAGGAACCAAGCCUGUAUGUUUUCCUAUUGCCAUGAGCCCAAGUAGGGAAUUAAUGUGCACAUAGUAGGGGAUACGUCACGUAUUGAUUCUGCAGUUAAGCUGCAUGUGAAUUCUCAAGCAAGUCUAUGACAUUGUAAUGUAGACGAUGUAUUAUGUUGAUGGUUCCAACCACAGUAUUUUCAAUACGCAGACUGAUUAAUCUAUAAUUUUGUUUAAAAUCUCGUAAAGCAACUUUUGUAUACUGUUAAUUAAAGGGGUAGGUGUUACGUAUUCACUGUUGUUCUAGCUCAGAGCUGAUUUUGUGGAGUCAGUAUAUACAAAUGUAAGAAACUAUCAUGCCAAAGAAAGUUAUUAUUACUGAAUUUGUCAUUAAAACGGGAUUUUAAUGGUUAGUAUUAUCCCUUUGUAAAUUGACAGUUUUUUUCCCCUAAUUUACCAAUGCCAUUCUGGUCAAUAAACCUUACUAUAUAAUUUUUAUCUAAAGUGUUACAAAUAAAAACAGUUAUAAUUUGAAAAAAAAUCAAAGAGAAAAGAAAGAUGUUGCAAGAAAAAUAGGUUUUGAAUUUAGGCUUGCCUUGUACCUCUAACUGGGAGAUGUCAUCCAACACAGAUGAGAACAAUACUAACAUUUACUAAAGUUCCAGGGGUGAAGUAUGGGCUACUAUGAGAGUUUGAAAGCCAUCCAAACUACAUAUUGAAGGAAGAAUUUAUACCAACUACAGGUCCCUCUAUAUAUUACUGUCAGGUGUUCAUGGGGAAAAAAAAUCAGAUGCGUGUUUAAGACCUUGGGAAUCCCAUUUCCCUCUCUGUAGACAUGCAGCUCUGCUCAGACUCUGAUGAAAGAAAUCCUGCAACAAGCAUUAUUUCUUUCAGGGCCCUGGUAAAGACCCAUUGCAGUUUAAGAAGUGAAGAAAAAUCUUAACCUAUGGAAAAUAAGAAAAACUGCCCAGUUAGAAAUCAUUAGCAAUCAUUACUGCGAGUGGUGGACAAAUCACAAAGGAGUCACCAUGUUCAAUAAUAAACACAGUAAGGCUGGAACAGGACUGAAGAAACCAACCACUCCUGGAUGACACCUCUGAGUCACAAAGUGCAACGUUUCAAGCAGGAGUGAUCUUGAAGGGUGGGUGUGAAGGUCUAAAGCUGAGGGUUGAAGAAGACAGUAAGAAAGAAGAGGCAGGAUAACCAAAACUAAGGAUUAUGAAAAAGAUACUUAUAAAUCUACUAAUCUAUGCUUUAAAGCUAUAAUAAUAAAAUAGAAUUUGAAUAGAAAUACCUUGCACGGAUAAAUGAUGCCAAUCCCAGAAUUUAUGAUAAAAACCAGAAAGAGGCUCCUGAGGUUUCCAAAAACAACAGAAGCUACUGCCAUUGCUUUGAGCUUCCUACUAGAAUGAGCUAGUAAGAACCUAUUUGUGAAGUUACCACAUACCUUGAUUACAACAUAGAGAAAUGAAACAAACUCAAUUGUAAACUUCUUCCCUACUGGUUAACUUUCAUGUUGCCAGAAAGGGCUAUGAUGGUAACCUGGGAAAACCAUCUCAUGAAUGAACAUAUCUAGGUGUGCUCACUGCAUCUUCCAGGACACUGAUCUUCCAGGAAAAGUGUGUUCACUGGGGCAAAACUGGUAUGAUUGUCUUAGAAGUAACCACCCACUCUCUACUUGCAUUGGAAGCUUGCUCCAUUGGAGAGAGUUUAUGUCUGGUACUCUAUACCUGAUCAAAAGCCUAUGGCUAGGAGAUCAUUGGUCCUGGCAGGGAAAUUUACUCCUGCUGUUUUGCUAAAUGGAGAUAUUGUCAAAGUUCCUUCUUAAUAUCAAUGUACACAAUGUUUAUACUUUAAGCCCUGUAGUGAAUGGUGUUGAAAAUAAAGACUUAUGGAUGUUCAA